AUGGGAGCUAUUCUUUCCAGACCUCGGAACGGAGAAAAUCCCCCGAAGAAAAUUCGCACUCGUUCUUUCAGUGGAGGAAGUAUUGGCAAGCGAUCUUCACUCUUUCGAUCUUUCUCAAAGCGUAAAGAUGGAUCAACAGCAGCAAAAUCGGCAACAUUACAGCCAACCAGAACUGCCACUGAUACAAGAGCAUCCUCUGAUGUUAUGACAGAACCGAUCAUGCCUUCGGCGCAGUCUGCUCUCAAGUCGUCGCCAGUGGCUGUGAACUCCAAGCCUGAUCACGUCGAUGAGCACGUGAUUCAGGAAUCUGCUGCAUUGGCCGACGAGGCGAUAGAUAAGGCGACUGAAUCAAUUAGGAGAGAAGAGACCACAGUCGUCUCCCUUUCCUCACCUUCGCAACUUGUUGUAGUGAAUCCACACAAGCAUGCCGGCAAACACUCACCGCACAAAGUCCAUAAACACGAGGACGUUAAGGUGGAAACCCAGCCUCUUGCUUCAGGAGAACAGGCUGUUGUUGAGGUUGCUCCUGAGGGUCCUAGUCAUGAAGAGCAUGAAACCCUAGCGAAGGAAUUUACGGAUGACGUCAUUCAAGCAUCAAUCGAAAAGGUCCAGGAAACGUGCGCAGAACCCGAGUUCGAGAAAUCUGCUGUAGAGGAAGUUAACAAUGAAUCGGCUGAGCCUGAGGCCAAGGGUAGCACAGGAGUCGUCCCUAUUCAGCCGUUGGUCGCUGUCACCGGACCUGCAGAGGAAAAAAUGGCAGUUGAGGUAUCGGAUGGCGAUCAGGAGCAUGAAGAAACGAAGCCAGAAGAAAAUCUGGUGCUAGAGGCACACCCAGCUGAAGUAGAGGUCACGGAGGAAAAGUCACAGGAGCCAGAGGUCAAACCAACCACCGAGCUGGAAGUGGAGAUGUCAAGUCAGCCAGAAGUUGAAGUGGAUUUGAAAGAUCAGGAACAGGAACUAGAACAGCCAAUCGAACAGGCGAUUGAAGAAGCUCCUGUCGAGGAGGAAUCAUCUCCUAAAGCUAGUGAUGAAAAACAUGAGAGUGAGGAAGUGGCCCCCUUGUGUGAGGUUGAGCAGGCUCCCGUAGAAGAAGGUGAACAACAACCGAAGGAGGAGUUGGAGCCUGUCGAGGCCCCGAUGGAAGCUGAGGAGUGUGAGCAAGAAGCUGAACCUGAAUUACCUGAACCGGAGGUUGAUGAUGAAACGAGUCAUCCCGAAAUGGAUGUAAAGGCGCCCGAAGACGAUCAAUUGCCAGAAGCACCCGCCGAUUCUGAACCUAAGUUACCUGAUGAAGAACAACCGGGUGGGGAGGCGACUGCACACAUGGUUGAAAUCUUGACAACAGAGGCUGAGGAUGUUAAACCCCCUUCAGAUCAACCCUCAGACUACGUGGAAGUUGUUCAACCAGCUGGAGAAGAGGCACCAGCGCAAGUCGACAGCGUGGAGGAAAGCAAAGAUGGAACUGUCGGAGAACAGGGCGAAUCACUGGUGGAACCAAGUGAAUCCAAUGAGGCGUCAGACGAAGCACAGGAGGUGCAGGUAGUUGGUCUAUCUGAUGACGCUAAAGGCCAAUCGGAACGGCCUCCUGUUGAUCUCGCACAAGAUGUUCCUCGCAUGGAAGCCGUUCAGCACGAAGCCGACGUGAAUUCGGAACUCGCAGUCAACGAGGAGGUGACAAAAAGUGAAUAUGGGGCCCUCCACGAGGAGAUUGUUGGCGACACCGGAUCUACCGCCGUGGAACAACAACCCCAAGACGAUGCCAACGAUGCCGCCGGGCACCAGCCAGUUCACGGUGACGCCUGCGACACCGGACCUUUAGACGGCGGCAACGUCGACCACGAUGCCUCCCUGAAGGCUUCAGGCCAGCUCUCGGAAAAUGGUGAAACUGCCGACACCGUGGAAUAA